AUGAUGUGCUUGGGGGGAAUCUGGGUGCCGUCGAUGUACCGCGAAAGGGUACAGAACUACACCGUAUUCGCGCAGAUUGCGAAUCGGUCGCCUCUCGCCUUGAUCCGACGUACCGCCGACAAAAGUUUCAAGCAGGCUGACUUGGCGGGGCGUACUGUCCUGAUGAAGUCCGGUGGCGGGGCCAGUGUUGGCCUCUUCUUCAAGAUGCUACUUCGCGAGAACGGCAUCGAUGCAAGACCUGUGGACUAUAUCCAAGAUCUAGACGGUGUAAUGCUGGGCGACUUAUUCCAAGGUGGCAUGGGUGAUUAUUUUGUCACAGACAAUCUUUCUGCCCAGGCCAUGGUCGCGCAUAAUCCCGAUGUGACUAUUGCAAUGCAGAUGGUCACACAAGGAGACAUCCCCUGGAGCGUUUAUUACCGGGAAACUGCAACAACUACUCCAGAAAUUCUCGAGGCACAGAAGCGAUUCUACAUCGCCCUUCAGAAGGGUAUAGACUGGGUCCUCCAGCACGAGGCAGAAUCUUUCCAGGACGAGCUCGCCGAGCUUUUUCCAAAUGUUCCAGUCGACGUCGUUGUGGCCGUUACCAACGAUUUCCGUCAGAGCGGGAUGUGGACAACCACUUCUGUGCCUCGCCAGGGUUACGAACGCUGGCAGCUAGGGCUGCGCGAUGCACGCCUCAUCACAAACCCAAUUAUUUAUGAGGACCUUAUCGACAACCCACCCUCAGCCGCUGCGCAGACUGUGAUGAAAGCCUCAAUGGCGACGACAGCAGUGGAAGCCGUGCAGCAGACCGAAUUAUGA